CUUUUGGUUUGUAAAUUUCCCAAAAAAAAAAUUUCCAAAAAAUAUCUUCGAAAUGGCAAUAGCAAACAUAUGCCAUAAUCCCCAAUUCCGUACAUCUUCGCAGUCCCAAAUUUUCAAUUCUAGAGGGGUUUCAGUUUCAGGGUUUUAGACUCUGUAUACUUCUUUCUUCUUCCUCUGCCCCCCAACAACCAAAGAUGAGAAUUUCACUCCUUUCUUCGCCGAUCCCUCCAUUACUGCGCCGCUUUUGCUUAAACCCACACUCUCUCUCUUCUCUUUCACAAACCCCAUCUUCCCCAGAUUCCAAAGACCGCGACUUUACGCCAGCCAAUGUCAUAAACACUCUUCUAAGCCACAGGAGCGAUCCAAGGUCGGCAUUCACUUACUUCAAAUGGGCUGAGAAAAUGCGAGGCUUCGUCAAGGCUAUUGAUGUUUUCUGCGUGUUGCUCCACGUUUUGAUGGGUUCGCCUGACACUCAUGGGGCUGCCCGCAAUUUGCUCAACCAGUACGUUUCCAGUGAUUCUGGGCCGUCUCUUGUUUUCGUCCAUAACUUGGUGGAUUGCGGGGAAAGGUUUGGCUUCGAAUCUGAUUCGCUAGUAUUUUGUUAUUUGCUGAAUAGUUAUAUUAGAGCUAACAGGAUUGAAGAUGCCAUUGAUUGUUUCGAUAAGAUGAUUGAUUGUAAGAUAUAUCCUUCGGUUCUGUAUAUGAAUAUUCUCUUAACAGCAUUGAUUAGGAGAAACAUGUUUACGGAAGCUCAAGAAUCAUAUAACAAGAUGGUUGUGAGAGGAAUUUUCGGUGAUCAGGUCACUGUGCAUGUGAUGAUGCGUGGCUUUAUGAAGGAAGGGAGGUUUGAGGAGGUAGAGAACUACUUUGUGGAGGCAAAGCAUAGAGGUGUAGAACUUGAUGAGGCAACUUACGAUGUCGUUAUUCAGGCUGUUUGUAAGAAACCCAAUUCUGAUUCCGCUUUGAGGCUUUUAAAGGAAAUGAGAAAAACGGGUUGGGUUCCUUCUGAGGGUGCCUUUACUAGUGUCAUUGGGGCUUGUGUGAAGCAGGGAAAUAUGGUAGCAGCAUUGAAACUUAAGGAUGAAAUGCUGACUUGUGGAAAACCGUUGAAUUUGGUGGUGGCAACAAGCUUGAUGAAGGGUUACUGUGCGCAAGGCAACUUGAAUGGUGCUUUAGAUUUGUUCAAUAAGUUAGAUGAUGAUGGACUUACUCCAAACAGGGUUACGUAUGCUGUCUUGAUAGAGUGGUGCUGUAAGAGUGAAAACAUUGAAAAGGCAUAUGAGCUAUACACCCAAAUGAAACUCAUGGGUAUACAGCCUAACGCCUAUAUGGUGCAUUCUUUGUUGCGUGGAUUUUUGAAAUCCAAAUCAUUACAUGAUGCUUCUAAGCUAUUUGAUGAGGCAGUUGAGGCUGGUGUUGCAAACAUUUUCGUGUAUAAUAAUUUUUUAUCUUGGCUUUGUAAAGAGGGCAAAGUGAAUGAAGCUUUUGGUGUAUGGGAUGGUAUGAUCAAGAAAGGUGUGUUGCCUAAUGUAGUAUCUUUUAACAACAUGAUACUUGGCCACUGCAAACAAGGGAAUAUGGAUAUGGCUAUUAAUCUAUUCUUAGAGAUGAUUGAAAGGAAGUUAGAACCUAAUGUGAUUACAUAUUCUAUUUUGAUGGAUGGGUAUUUUGCAAAAGGUGAUACUCAAUGUGCUUUAGAUGUCUUUAACCAAAUGAUGGCUGUAAAUUUAAUUCCUUCAGAUUACACAUUUAACACUAUCGUUGAUGGCUUAUGCAAAGCUGGCCAUACAUCUGAGGCAAGGGAUAUGUUGAAGAAAUUUAUGGAGAGGGGUUUUGUUCCCAAAUGUAUGACGUACAAUAGCAUUAUAGAUGGAUAUACCAAGGAGGGUGCUAUCAGCUCUGCACUUGCUAUUUAUAGAGAAAUGUGUGAAGUAGGGGUUACUCCAAAUGUUGUCACUUGCACCAGCUUGAUUAAUGGUUUUUUCAAAAGCAAUAAUAUUAAUCUUGCUUUGAAAAUGUGGAAUGAAAUGAAAAGUAAGGGCAUUGAAUUAGAUGUUACUGCAUAUGGUACUCUCAUUGAUGGAUUUUGCAAAGGUAAAGACAUGGGACAUGCCACUGAGCUUUUUACUGAACUUCUUGAAGUUGGUCUAUCACCAAAUGCAGCCAUUUACAACAGUAUGAUUACUGGAUUUCGGAAUAUAAGAAACAUGGAAGCAGCUCUUGACUGGCAUAAGAAAAUGAUAGAUGAAGGCAUUCCUUGUGACAUAAAAACAUACACUACCUUAAUUGAUGGAUUACUGAAAGAUGGAAAGUUACUCUUUGCUUCAGAUCUUUACUCAGAGAUGCUUUCUAAGGGCAUUGCACCUGAUAUCAAAACAUAUACAGCUCUGAUAAAUGGCCUUUGUAACAAAGGACAGCUAGAGAAUGCUUGCAAGGUCUUGGAAGAGAUGGCUUUGAAGAGUAUCACCCCUAAUGUUCUUAUUUAUAAUGCCUUGAUUGCAGGACACUUCAAGGAGGGGAAUUUGCAAGAGGCUUUUAGGUUGCAUGAUGAGAUGCUUGAUAAAGGUCUUGUACCUGAUGAUGCAAUUUAUGAUAAUCUUGCAAAUGGAAAGUUCAAAGCAGCAAUAAACUUGUCAGAACUUCAUGUGCCUAGAUAAUCAGUCAAAUGGUUAUUGUCUUCAAUCGUUUCUUUGUUCCCACUGAAAGAAAUAUUUUGAUUGUCAAUGCCGAUCAGUUAUCAAUGUUAAAUCUAGAUCAAAAAUCUCUGAGAAGGUCAAGCUUUUCUUUGGCUUAAUGGAGUAAAAAGGAAAAGAUGCCAGAGGUUACUAAAAUUGUUUUCCUUGCAGUUCUGCAGUAUAGCAAGAGGCUCGAGUUUGAAUCACCAGUACCAACGUAAUUGUCUACUCUCUUGAGCUUUCUUUCUUGGCUCUGCGGUGGAGAGUCUUUUGCUUCAUUUAGUGCAAAUUCUUUAAUCGGCUCUACUGCCAUGCUACAGAAAGCUGCCUGGCUCACUGGUCGUACGACCAGCUCGCUUACUCGUGCUUCUUUUCGUGCCGUGACCAGCCGCCCAUACUCUAUAAGAAAAAUAUAAUAGGAUAUAUACAGAAGCAUUAAAAUUUAUUAUGUUAUCCCAAAUUUUUGUUCGAGAGCUUAGGAAAUAUGACUUGUUUUGAACUCCUUUCUAAAAUCUAGAGGUGCAGCUUAUUAAUGCAUCAUAGUGAAGAAAUGUUAGAUAGUUUGGAUUGACAGAUGAAAUGUUGACUGAUCAGGAGUAAUAUAAAACUAACGAUCAUGUCUUGCAUUCCCUAAUUCCUAAUGCAAUGCGGAUGACAAAUUUUCCCAGAAUAUUUUUUAAUCAAACAGUGCUGUUUACUUUCUGCUUUUUAUCAAGGUAAAAGUUAGUAGGAGCUGGGGAGCUGAACUCCGAUUGCCAGAUGCCGAAUUCCUUCUUUGCCCACUUUGUUUACCUAUGUACAUGUAAUGGAGCAAAUUUUUACAAGGAAACUUGUAGCUGUUGAUAAAUUAA